AUGGCAGCUCUUGCCAGUUCUCUCAUCAGACAAAAACGGGCAGUCAAGGACGACCAGACCAACCGGCCGAUAGCCAACAAACGCAAGCCGUGCCCCAAGAGCAACAAGUCCCUUUGCCAAAAACAAAUUCUAGUUCUCAUAUCAAAAGUUCGGCUAUGUGGCGGCCGAAGAGGAAGAACCGACAAAAGACCGGAUGCGGUGAUGAAAAGUCCUGAUACCACAUUUCAUAAAGGUUGCGAAUCAGAGCCGCAGCUAAAAGGCAUCGUUACCCGCCUGUACAGCCAGCAUGGUUACUACCUGCAGAUGCUGCCGGAUGGCACCAUGGACGGCACAAGGGACGAGAACAGCUGCUUCUCACAGUUCAACUUGAUUCCUGUGGGCCUGCGGAUAGUGGCGAUUCAGGGUGCGAAGACUGGCUUCUACCUGGGCAUGAACUCCGAGGGAUACCUCUACACCUCUGAGAACUUCAACCCAGAGUGCAAAUUCAAAGAGAGCGUGUUUGAGAACUACUAUGUGACGUACUCCUCUAUGCUGUACCGUCAAAGCCAGUCGGGACGCUCAUGGUACAUCGGUAUCAACCGGGAUGGAAAAGUGAUGAAGGGUAACCGUGUGAAGAAGACCAAAGCGGCAGCACACUUCUUGCCAAAAGUCAUCGAAGUGGCAAUGUACAAGGAACCCUCAUUGCAUGAGCUUGUUGCGGAGCAGAGUCCUCCUCGCAAAACGGUUAAGACUUCAGACUCCCCCUCCCACAAGAACGGCAGGAAAGAGACCCCUAGAGCUGAUGCUUCAUAG